AUGCAAGAGGGCACUUUGCUACUUCAGGGGGAGGAGCCGGAAACAGAGGUGGAGAAGGGAAAGCAUGAGGUAGGUGAAGUUCCUGAUGGAGCUGUAAAACCACCCACAAACAAACUACCCGUUUUCUUUUUUGGAACUCAUGAGACUGCUUUUUUAGGCCCAAAGGACAUAUUUCCUUACUCAGAAAAUAAGGAAAAGUACGGCAAACCAAAUAAACGAAAAGGCUUUAAUGACGGUUUAUGGGAGAUAGAUAACAAUCCGAAAGUGAAAUUUUCAAGUCAACAGGCAUCAACUAAACCAUCAAAUGCCUCUUCUGAUGUUGAAGUUGAAGAAAAAGAAACUAGCGUUUCAAAGGAAGAUACUGACCAUGAAGAUAAAGCCAGCAACGAGGAUGUGACUAAAGCAGUUGACAUAACCACUCCAAAAGCUGCCAGAAGAGGGAGGAAGAGAAAGACAGAGAAACAAGUAGAAACCGAGGAGGCAGGAGUCGUGACUACAGCAACAGCACCUGUUAAUCUAAAAGUGAGCCCUAAAAGAGGACGACGUGCAGCUACAGAAGUCAAGACCCCAAAACCAAGAGGCAGACCCCAAAUGGUAAGACAGCCCUGUCCUUCGGAGAGUGACAUGGUGACUGAAGAAGACAAAAGCAAGAAAAGGGGGCAAGAGGAAAAACAACCUAAAAAGCAACUUUCAAAGGAUGAAGAGGGCCAGAAGGAAGAAGAUAAGCCAAGAAAAGAGCCAGAAAAAAAAGAGGGGAAAAAAGAAGUUGAAUCAGAAAGGAAAAAUUUAGCUAAAACAGGGCUUACGUCAGCCUCUGAUUCUGAAGAGGAAGGAGAUGAUCAAGAAGGUGAAAAGGAGAGAAAAGGUGGAAGGAGCUUUCAAACUGCUCAGAGAAGGAAUAUGCUGAAAGGCCAACAUGAGAAAGCAGCAGAAGAUAGGAAAGGCAAGCAAGAGGAACAAAUGGAAACUGAGCACCAAACAACACGUAAUCUACGGUAA